GCAGAAUGGUGCUGAAAUGCGCGGACGGACGUUAGCUGGUGUCUCCUCCUCUCUGCACGCAGCGGUCCGGCUUUACGGCGUGUCGGCUGUGGCUUUUCACAAACAGAUCGUCUGUCACCAACUUUUCCUGCUGAGAGCUGAGGUGGAGAAGCAUCAUGGACAAAGUGAGGAGGAUCCUGGUUUAUGUUUGUAAGGAGCGAGCAGCUCCACAGCGAGCUCAGUUUGUUCAGAGUAUAACGGCUCUCUUCAGUGACGGCGGCGAGGACGAGGUGGAGGUCAACUGCUCUCUGGAGAAAAACCAGUUCAUCCUUUACAGAGGAGACAAAGGACGAGGGAUUCCUCUGAAGAGGCCCGCCUUCUGUCCCAUCAAACACCUGUCAGCCACGGAGGCAGCUGCGAUCCCACUGGACGUUCAACAGCGUGGAAUAGAUGUGGGCGUGGCUAUACUCCUGCAGACAGCCAAUCAGAGAGUGUUGUUGACACGACGGUCGAAGGAGCUUCGUAUAUUUCCCAACGUCUGGGUCCCUCCAGGUGGCCAUGUUGAGCCAGAUGAGACGCUGCUGGAUGCCGGCCUCAGGGAGUUAGAGGAGGAAACCGGCCUGAAACUGAAACCUGAGGAAGUUUCUCCAAAAAUACUGGGACUGUGGGAGUCAGUGUAUCCUCCCAUGCUGUCCAGAGGACUUCCUCAGAGACAUCACAUAGUCAUCUACAUGCUGCUGCACUCCUCCCUCUCUCACCUGCAGCUACAGGCCUGUCUGAGCCCGUCUCCUGCCGAGGUCAGUGCCUGUCUGUGGGCCGACAGCCGGCUGGUCGGAGCCGUCGUGUCCUCCGUGGACGGAGAGGACGCCGAGGUUUGUCUGGACGACCUGCCGAGCAGCAUCAGUGUGUCGCAGGUUUCCACAGAGGGAGCCCUGACUGACUCCACCCUGCCUCUGACGGUGCUGGUCAGCCGGGCGCCGGUCAGCGGCCCGGACGUGGAGCGGGUCAGCACCGGGACCAAGUACGCCCUGGAACUGUGGCUGAGAAGCCUGGAGACCCCCGUCCUCUGACCCCCACUGGACCGGGAUUGGACAGUUUUGGCUCAGAGGAAUGACUCUCUCUGUAAAUGUCUCUUUUUAUUUUCAUGUACUUUAAAUCUCAUCCUAAUUUUGCAAUAAAACAGAACCCAAAACAGAAA